GUUGCGCCUGUCGGAGCCGAACAGCGGAACGCAAGUUUCUCGCCAUUUUAAAAUAACGGCAAGCCAUUGAGCAGCUAGUUGCUUGAGGGCAAUGUGAUCAGCCUUUUUGAAACUAUGCCGAUCACUUAGUCUCUUUUAAAUUGCCAUUGUUAUAUUUCAAGCGAUAAUCCCAUUGAUCUAACAUUUCCAACAUAGAUUACUCUUCCAGUCAUGGCUACCGAUGGAGCAGCAGCCGACCAGACAGCGGCUGAGUAUAUUCCAGAGAAGGUGAAGAAGGCAGAGAAGAAGUUGGAAGAAAACCCAUAUGACCUUGACGCAUGGAGCAUUCUGAUUCGAGAAGCACAGAACCAACCGAUAGAUAAAGCAAGGAAGACUUAUGAGCGACUUGUCACGCAGUUCCCAAGUUCUGGUCGAUUCUGGAAACUAUUCAUUGAAGCAGAGAUCAAGGCUAAAAACUAUGACAAGGUAGAAAAGUUGUUUCAGAGAUGCCUAAUGAAAGUCUUGCACAUCGACCUGUGGAAAUGUUACCUCUCAUAUGUUCGAGAGACCAAAGGAAAGCUGCCCAGUUACAAAGAGAAGAUGGCCCAGGCGUAUGACUUCGCAUUAGAUAAAAUCGGCAUGGAAAUCAUGUCUUAUCAGAUUUGGGUGGACUACAUUAACUUCCUCAAAGGAGUUGAGGCUGUAGGCUCAUAUGCAGAGAACCAGCGCAUCACUGCAGUACGGAGGGUGUACCAGAGGGGCUGUGUGAACCCCAUGAUCAACAUUGAGCAGCUCUGGAGAGAUUAUAGCAAAUAUGAGGAGGGAAUCAACGUGCACCUGGCCAAAAAGAUGAUUGAGGACCGGAGUAGAGACUACAUGAAUGCCAGAAGAGUUGCAAAGGAAUAUGAGACUGUGAUGAAGGGGUUGGACAGGAACGCACCUUCAGUACCGCCCCAGAACUCCCCUCAGGAAGCCCAGCAAGUGGACAUGUGGAAGAAGUACAUCCAGUGGGAAAAAAGCAACCCACUGCGCACAGAAGACCAGACCCUCAUCACAAAGAGAGUGAUGUUUGCCUAUGAGCAGUGCCUGCUGGUGCUGGGCCACCAUCCUGACGUCUGGUACGAGGCAGCACAGUACUUGGAGCAGUCCAGCAAGCUGCUGGCAGAGAAAGGGGACAUGAACAAUUCAAAGCUGUUCAGUGACGAGGCUGCUAACAUCUAUGAACGUGCCAUCGGGACUCUUCUGAAGAAGAACAUGCUGCUGUACUUUGCAUUUGCCGACUAUGAAGAGAGCCGCAUGAAGUACGAGAAAGUUCACAGCAUCUACAACAAACUGCUGGCCAUUGAGGAUAUCGACCCCACGCUCGUCUACAUUCAGUAUAUGAAGUUUGCCAGAAGGGCGGAAGGCAUCAAGUCGGGUCGAACCAUCUUCAAAAAGGCCCGAGAGGAUCUGCGCACACGUCACCAUGUGUAUGUGACUGCAGCACUGAUGGAGUACUACUGCAGCAAGGAUAAAUCAGUGGCCUUCAAGAUCUUUGAGCUUGGUUUGAAGAAAUACGGUGACAUUCCAGAGUACAUCCUUGCAUACAUUGAUUACCUCUCGCAUCUUAACGAGGAUAACAACACAAGGGUUCUGUUUGAACGUGUCCUCACAUCAGGAAGCUUGUCAGCAGAAAAAUCAGGUGAGAUCUGGGCUCGGUUUCUGGCUUUCGAGAGCAACAUAGGAGACCUUGCCAGUAUCCUGAAAGUGGAGCGCAGGCGUUUCACUGCCUUCAAAGACGAGUAUGAGGGCAAAGAAACAGCCUUGCUUGUAGAUAGAUACAAGUUCAUGGACCUGUAUCCCUGCUCUGCUAGUGAACUCAAGGCCCUUGGAUACAAGGAUGUUUCUCGAGCCAAACUGGCAGCGCUGCUACCGGAGACCGUGGUGACGCCCUCUACGCCGGCACAGAAGGAUGAAGCUGACCGUAAACCUGAGUACCCCAAACCUGACACCAACCAGAUGAUUCCCUUCCAGCCACGUCACCUUGCUCCUCCAGGUUUACACCCUGUCCCUGGAGGAGUUUUCCCAGUCCCCCCAGCUGCUGUUGUCCUAAUGAAGCUGCUUCCUCCGCCUACGUGCUUCACUGGACCCUUUGUUCAAGUGGAUGAGAUGAUGGAAUUAUUCAGGAGAUGCACACUUCCUGAGACUGUUGAAGCUGCUGUAGAGCUGAUCACUGGUAAACAGCCAGAUGCAGGAGGGGAGGGCAAUGGCUCCUUGGAGAACCAUGCUGUUGCCAAGUCACUGAAGAGGCCUAACGCAGACUCCGACGAGGAGGAUGACAAAGGAGCUGUGGCUCCACCCAUACACGACAUCUACCGUUCACGCCAACAGAAGAGGAUUCGAUAAACCAACACCCACACACUAAAUCCUUUGAGAAUGUAAUCUUUACAGGUGGCCACAAAAGCUUAAUGUUCAUGUCCACAUUUCUGAGUGUGUCUGACAGAUUAUACAUCCAUUUAUCUCUGUACAAAAGACAAGCAUACAUACAUACAUGCACACACUCACACAGACAUACACACAGUAUGUAUACCUGAGUGUUCUCGUGGCUUUUUUUCUUUGUUAACAGUUUUUAUUUUUAAAGACUGAUCAUUAUACUGUACAAAAUUUUUAAUUCAAGAUAGAUUUUGGCACACAGUUCAGUUUUGGCCUUGUGAUGGACCGGUGAUGGGAAGGUGGAAUCAAACUUUUUUUUAGAUAACUGGAGAAAACAGAAUUCCUUUCAAUAAAAAUGGAAAAGAAUUAAA